ACAAAUUUCUAAAAUGCUUCCACUGCAUGUAAUCCGUUCUGCUAAGUACACCCGAAUCAUGGUAGAGACUAAGUCAGGAGAGACUUAUGAUGGCAAACUCGAAGACACUGACAGGUUCAUGAACAUGCAUCUUGAGGAUGUCAUCCUCACCUCUUCUACUGGAGACAAGUUUUAUAAAGCUAAGAAGGUACAUUUGAGAGGGGAUAAGAUCAAGAGUUUACAGAUGGACCCUAAAGUCCUGACUAAUCAUCUUGAUUAUAUUGAGGCUAAGAGGAAUGAAGCUGGACCCAAGAGAGGAAGUAGGGGCACACGAGGAGAAAGAGGACAGAGAGGUUAUAGAGGAUAUAGAGGUGAGAGAGGCAGAGGCGAUAGAGGCAGAGGCGAUAGAGGCAGAGGUGAUAGAGGCAGAGGCUAUAGAGGCAGGGGCGAUAGAGGUAGAGGUGACAGAGGCAGAGGUGACAGAGGAAGAGGUGACAGAGGAAGGGGAUAUAGAGGAUCUUAAGGAU